AUGUCUCUAUUCAUUGGCUUGCUGUUGACUCCAGUGUCGUUUGUCAUCUUCCUCAUUGGCAGUCUUUACUACAGUGAAGUUUUGGAAAAAAAAUUAUCGAGUUUUCUAACUGGUUUUCCGGCAUUUCGCAACGUAUCUGUUGGGUUUGAUGUGAACAAGAUUAACCUGAUGAGAGGUGGAGUUCUAGGUCACUGUAAAAAGUCGGAGAGCAUAUUUUCGUUGGGGUUUGACAUCGUCGAUCUCAACAACGAAACCAUCAGUCUGGUGUCUGAAAAUGUUUUGCGCUCAGUUGACAAGCAGAUCAAGUCGUUAAACCUAACCAGCUUGCCUAUAUUUCAAAAUGACACUUUCGAGCUAAUCAAGGAUGUGGCAAAUAUCAUGCUGACCUUCCCAGUGUUGAACGUUUCUGUGGGCAUUUCGUCUUAG